AUGUCUGUACUGUAACGGUUUCAGGUUCUGAUUCCAAUAACUUUAGAAUUCAUACCAAUUUAAAUUCUUUGAUAAGUUACAUAUCAUUAGAAAGAUUCUGCAAUCAGUUCAAAUUCCAUUUACAAGAAACCCAAAAACAUGAUAAUCUCCAUAUGCUGCUAGCUACUUCUCCCAUUCCCUUUUUGCUCUCAUCAGCGAAAAUGACAAACAAUAAUAACAAUAACCAUAACCAUAACCAUAACAAUAAUAAUAGCAAUAACAAUACCAAUACCAAUACCAAUACCAAUACCAAUAGACAACAGCAGCAGCCGCCACCACCACCGUCGCAUCCAGCGCUCGAGCAGCUUCCUGGAGUCCAGUACUGCAUCAACAGUUCACCACCUAUGCUGGAUGCAAUUUUGUUGGGGUUCCAGCAUUAUGUUCUGGCGCUUGGCUCAACUGUCUUAAUCCCAAGUUUGGUAGUUCCUCAAAUGGGUGGUAGUGAUAAAGACAAGGCAGAGGUGAUACAAACCUUACUAUUUGUUUCUGGUGUAAACACUCUACUGCAUUCCCUUUUCGGGACGAGGCUGCCUUCGGUCAUAGGCGGCUCUUACGCAUUCCUCAUCCCCGUGACUUCCAUUAUCCAAUCCAAGAGAUACGCAACAAUGCAUCCUCCCGGGCAGAGAUUUGUGCUAACAAUGAGGGAGAUACAAGGUGCUUUGAUCAUGAGUUCUUGUUUCCAAAUGAUCUUCGGAUUCACCUGCUUGUGGCGCAACAUAACAAGGCUGCUUACGCCUUUGUCCACCGCGCCUCUGGUUACUUUUACUGGACUUGGUCUCUACUAUCUUGGCUUCCCACAGAUAGCUAAAUGUUAUGAAGUCGGCCUGCCAGCGCUUGUCCUAAUCUUUGUUUUCUCGCAGAUUAUCCCAAAAUACAUGAAGAGGCCAAUGUGCGACAGAUACGCUCUGCUUAUAUCCGUUGCAAUCGUGUGGAUGUAUGCCGAGAUCCUAACAAUGAGCGGCGCUUUCAAGAAAUCGAAGCAAGCUAGCUGCCGCACUGAUGGCUCCGGCCUCAUUCGCUCCACGCCUUGGUUGUACAUACCGUUUCCGUUUCAAUGGGGGCCUCCAACUUUCACAGCUGGAGAAACCUUCACAGCCAUGAUCGCUUCAUUUGUAGCUCUCAUUGAGGUCUUAAACAUAUAUACAUGUCUUUCUCACAUCACAUACAUACAUCUUUUCUUCAAGUUUUUUGUGGCGUUUCUCUUGGCAGUCGACUGGCUCGUUCAUCGCAGCAGCCAGAUACGGCAGUGCAACGCCGGUGCCACCUUCAGUGAUCAGCCGAGGCGUCGGCUGGCUGGUCAGCUAUAUGUGCUACUUCAAUUCAUGAAAAAGACUCUACAUUCUUUGCUUAAUGUGAGUGUGUGUGUGUUUUUAGGGGAUUGGAACUCUGCUCAAUGCCCUCUUUGGCAGCAUCACCUGCUCUACAGCAACAGUAGAAAACGUAGGCCUCUUAGCCCUCACCAAAACCGGGAGCAGAAGAGUCAUUCAAAUUUCAUCCAUCUUCAUGAUCUUCUUCUCCAUUUCAGGAAAAUUUGGCGCCAUCUUCGCAUCAAUACCCCUACCGAUCAUAGCAGCGUCCUACUGCAUCUUCUUGGGCUAUCAUCUGCAGGCUUAGGGUAUCUCCAGUUCUGCAACCUAAACAGUUUCCGAACAAAACUGAUAGUGGGGAUCUCCUUCUUCGUGGGGAUGUCUCUGCCACAGUACUUUAGAGAGCAUCAGCUGGUUUCGAGAGGCGGCCCCGUCCACACUCACGCACGAUGGUUCAACGACAUGAUCUCGGUGGUGUUGAUGUCCCAUGCGACUGUGGGCGGGGUGGUGGCGCUUGUGCUGGACUGCAGCCUCGAUCGUGGCUCGGAGCAGGCCAGGAAAGACAACGGUUCUUGCUGGUGGGAUAAGUUCAUUGUGUAUGGCAAGGAUAUCAGAAAUGAUGAGUUCUAUAAGCUGCCUGCCCACCUCAAUAAAUGUUUUCCAUCUUCCUAAUUUUCUCAACAAUUCAUUCAUGUUUUCCUAGUUCAUUUUUUUCUUUUUGGAGAUAUCAAACUGUAUUGUUUUGCAUUUGAUGAUCAUGUUCUUAAUUUCUUUCUUGUUUUUGUGUGUUUUCCCAACUUUUAUUAGGUUCUGUAACUUUUUAAGUCUGCAGAAACCUUUGUUGUGAAAUUGAGUCAAAAUCAUGAGUUGAGUUGAA